UAUACUACCUCAAACAUGCGGUCUGUUUAUAUGGGAAUCGGUGCAUUCGGUAUUGUAUUAUGUGUAAUAUUCACAUCUUAUAAGUGGUCGACUAUUUCUGAAAUUCACUUAUCACUUCAACAAGAUAGAUUGAGAUAUCGUAACCCAUUUUGUGAAAACAUCUUGUAUAAUUUGAGCAGUGGUCAGUGGGUGAAAAAGAUUGAUAGUUUCAAUAAAAAUGAGGAAGAAUAUGAGAAAUUACUGCAAGAAGUAAGAGAAUUGGAUUAUUUUUUGACUGAAUUUCGUAUUAAACGAGGAAUACAUACACGAUUAUGGAGAGAUGAUAACAAAUGUGGAUUUAACAACGUGCAGACAAAGCCAAAAGGAAAUGCGUGGGCGGCUCCUGCAGGAAGUUGGUGUGAUGCGAAAAGUGAGAGACCUUGUUGCAGUGAUAUGAAUGAUGGUAAUUGUGGAAACAUAUGUGAUUGUCCCAAUUGCGUUGAUACCAGGAAGAUAUAUCACGCUGAAAUAAGUGAAUGGAUUCCAUUUGAUUCUUCAUGUCGACGACGAAACUACACAGCAGCACAAGCUUGUGAAGUUGUCAAUCGGUUCUCUCAAAUAUAUUUUGUUGGUGAUUCUUUUGUGAGAAAAAUGGCAAGAGGUUUUGUUUUGACUUUAAGGUCCGAUCCAACGUAUGGAUUUUUACUGGCGCGGUAUGAUGAAAAUUUGACCAAACUAUGUGUUGGCGCUGACCAGUUAUAUUGGACAGAAUGUAGAAUUGACGGGGGAGAGAUACUCAAAAAUCUCCUAGAUAAAACUCCUUUUUGUGGAAGCCAGACACCACUCGUUACUCUCAAUAGUUGGUACAAUCAUGCAUCUGCAAACGGGUUUUUAAAUUUAGUUAAAAGUUUGACAGGAACAGUUGGUUCAAUUUUGCUGGUUGGUCAGGGUGGACACGACGGAUGCAAAUCUGAAGUGACUAUUACAAAAUUUUUGAGCCCCGUGAUUCAACAUUUGGAUGAUUUCUACAAAGAUUAUAACAACACGACUGUUGAACCCUCGAGAGUAUUUAAAAAGAUUCAUCGAUGGCCACAUAUCAUUUUUAUGUAUCCUGACUCUAACGGAAUAUUAAAACCAAAAGCAUAUCAUGCAGCAAACGGUGAUAUUGUUUGUAAAAAAUUCUCUAGGGAAAUGAAAGUAUAUUGCGAUGCUCAUAAUAUUCCUGUACUUGAUUUUUCCAGUCUUACAUCAGGAGUUCAUAGUUAUGAUGGAGCACAUCACGGUCUAGGAGUAAAUAUUAUGAAAGUCCAGAUUUUACUCAAUUACCUCGAUUAUAUAUCUUAGUCUAGAUAUUUAAGAUGAACAAAAUUUGUCAAUGUUUACUUAUUCAAAUAAGUAUAAGCUACUCAAUAUAUAAUCUAGAAUAAACCCCCUGGACCAAGGGUUCUCAAACUUUUCGUUAUGUAGCCCGUGAAGAGGUUGACUAAUAUUUAUAGAGCCUCACGAUAAAUAAAAAUCACAACAAAAUCGUAUUGUUACUUACCGAUUAAUGUUCCUGAAUACAUUAAAUUUACUUUAUUUAUUGGCUCGGAUGUAUUUGCUGCUUUAUAUUUAGAAUAUUAAAAAAAAAUCCAAGGAAUUUUUCUCAUGUUUCAUUCUGUUUAUUCAUUUUAUUUAUCAGUUUGAAGUUUCAACUAGUCUUUGCUAUUAUUUCACUUUUCAUAUGUUUCGUAUUUUCAUUCAUCUGCUUUCUGUAGCCUAUAUGGAGUUCAAGAUGCUUGUGAAUCACUUUUAGAAAUUUAAUUUCAUGCAUUGGUUUUGUACUGAGACACAGAAUCAAUCUAUAGAUGAAUUUAGCAAUUUUUGUGGGCUUCUAAAUUUGUUGUUCUCUUAAUUUUCAACCCUCGUUAGUCCAAUCAUUUCCCAAUUUGUAGUGAUUGAAAAUUAAAAUAUUAGUCAAAAGCCUAUUUUUAUAUUUGUUUUUCGAAUUUUUUUUUUUUAAUUAAUCUAUUUUUGAUGAAUAAUCUAGAUUCUAGGACCACAUCGAUUUUUUAUAACUAAUUUUACACUGUCGUGCUAAACCAAUGUCUUUCGUUUAUAUGAUAUUUUAAUACAAACCACAAGCAACUUAUUUUAAGUAGCAAUUCCACAUAGUAUCAUCGAAACGAAGUUUAUGGCCACAAAGCGUAAGAAAAUGAAAUACUGGAAAUACGCAGGUCAGUAAAACGGCAUAGUCAUCGAGCUUUGGACCAUUGGCUUCAAUAUUGUGAUAAAUCUUUCCUUGACUAACUUCGCUAGGUCAGUCCCUAUGGCCGAAUUGACGCCUGUUACGCGGGAGAUCGUGGUUCGUUUCCUGGCAGAGGGGGUAUAAUAUUUCUUUUUCAGGCUCCAUAAUCAGCAUAACAGACAUUAAAAAAAAAUGAUAAAACAAACAAUAGCGCAAGGCCUUCAUCUUGAAGGUGGGUUAUCAUGGAAAGAUUUUUGUGGCUAAUUUGAUCCCCCAUAAUUUUUUAUUUGUUUUAUAAUUAUUUAUAUAUAUAUAUAUAAAUUGUUUAAUUUGUUAUAAUCUUUGGCAUUUACCGUUUACAUAAAGUGGACUUCGUUUGCGAGACACGACCUUGCAAAAAUCAACCGAUAAUUAGUAGGGUCCGCCGAUGACGAGUUACUGAGAACUCGUCGGCGUAAUUUUGCAUUGAGUUAAAGGCAAUUACAGUAUUGCGUUCUCUGUUCUUAAUGGACACGCAGUGUGUAUAUGUUUUUUUUGUAUUUCACGUCAUCUUAUCGUUAUGAAAACAUCGUUUUUCUCAUUAACUACUAUACCGGUAGCUUGCUGUGACAGAUUGCAUACCCAUAAUACUUUGGGCUUCGUGUCCAUAUAUUUUAACAACGCUCUCUUGUUUUGAAACUAUGUUAAUUCUUCUGAGCCUUGCAUUUGAAAAACGCUGCAGUGGUUUAAAUAAAUACCAAACUGUUCAUCUCUUAUUUUAUUUUUAUCAUUAAUCAAUUACUUUCCGAUGCUAAUAUUUUCAAACUCAUAAUAUUCUGAUACAUUUAUAUUUUCUGCUAUAUUUGUACUAUUAGUUAUCAAGAUAGAAUUCCACAAAAAACAUAUGUUACUCACCCACAAUAACUGCAAUUCAAUAAUUGAAAUUCUCGAUAUUUCAGUUUUAUUUACAAGCCUUGGGUGUCGUUGCUUGUUAACUGCCUUUGGUUUAUUGCGGCUUCCAUUUCACAGUAAAACUUUGUGAUUGUCAAUUUUUCUCAAAAUUUGUAUAUGAUUGAUUUUUUAUUUGUGAGAAAAGAAACUUGACCUGACUUACUUCUUCGCACCAAAGCCAUCAUGUUUGCUGAAGUUAGAAAUGCACUUUCACCAAGUCAAAGUAUGAAAUAUCUAAUAUUCGGCCCAAUGAGAUGUGUGUGUAUUGUAAAUACAUAGUUGUACUGAAUA